CAAAAACAACAAAAUAGAAAAUAAGAAAAAAUGUAUCGCCCCGGUUAAAUAAAUGGAUAUCAUAAUGCUAUGCAAAAUCUGUCUUGAGAAAACAGGUAAUAUUUCGAUUCUCAGCAAAGGAGAUGAUGGUAUACAAUACAACAUUAAAUUGAUACGAGUUUUAAAGGUAAAAGAGGAAGAUAUUCUUCCUAGCGUAGUGUGUGAGUCAUGUGUCAGCGAUCUUGAUAUUGCCUAUAGAUUUGUUCAGAAAUACGACGCGUCUGUACAAACGUUAAAAUGUCUGAAUUCAUCAAUACAUCUUUACUCCGACAUACAAUUAAAAAAUGAAGCUAGGUGUGACAUAGAGAACGAAUCAAACGAAUUGAAGAGUGAAGAGUUAAGCGACGACCAUGACUAUCCGAAUGACUUCGACAAUGAUUUGCUAUCUGAGUUUCAAUCAAGGACAAUAUUUGAAAAUAAUGGAGAACCAGUAACACAGACCCAUGAGAGUGUUAGAAAGAAGGUUCGGAAAAGAGAAGGUAAAAAUCGUGUGCAAUGUGUUAUUUGUGGCUUGAUUACAUUAAGUCCUUCCGCUCUCGAGAUUCACAUGAGAAAACACACUGGAGAGCGGCCAUUUUCUUGUGAUUUGUGUCACUCCAGAUAUUCUACAAAGGGUGCUCUUAAGCGUCAUUUAGAAGUAUAUCACUCAGCACACAGAGAGCGUCUAUUCACUUGUGAAACUUGUGGCAAAAGCUUUUUUACAAAAAAUGAUAUCAUCAUACAUAUCCGCAUUCACACAGAUGAAAAACCAUUUUCUUGCAAGUAUUGUUUGAAGAAAUUUAAACAGGUUACAUCUAGAAAUAGGCACCAACUCAUCCACACAGGGGAGAAGCCCUAUGAAUGUGGAAUAUGUAAGAAAAGAUUUGCAGACAAACAACUUCUGGCAAAGCAUCAGAGUGUUCACAGCGAUGAAAGAAAAUUUGCUUGUCAGCUGUGUGGUAAGUCUAUGAAAAGUAGAGGGGCGCUGAAAGCUCACAUGCAUCUUCAUACUAAUGAGAACAAGAGUAUUUGUAACAUUUGUGGUUGUACAUACUCCAAUAAAGGCAAUCUAAUGAUACACAUGAAAAGGAAACAUUCCCACAAAUCAGGAGAAUGCACCAUAUGUUCUAAAACAUUUUCUGAUUUGGAAGGGCACAUGCGCAAGCACACUGGAGAGAAACCAUUCACAUGCAAUGUAUGUAACAACUCUUAUGCUUUUCAGAGGAGCUUGACUCAUCAUAUAUUCCACAAACAUCAAAAUGCCCAGAAGUUUAAGUGUUCUGUUGGCGAUUGUAAUAAAAUGUUUCCGACAGCCAGUAUGCUUGAGUUCCAUUUGCUGAAGCAGCACACAAACCAUACCCCAUAUAUAUGCCAGCAUUGUUCUCGAGGAUUCUUCCGCACCAGUGACCUCUCCCGUCAUCUGAGGAUCAGCCACAUGGAUGUGCAGCUCCAGUCACUUAAGUCAAUUAGCAAAGAAAUGAUCUCAGCAUCACAGAGUUAGAUUUAGUAUAAGUUGUAUUUGAGACUGACCUAUAAUAUUAAGAGUUAUUCUAGUCCUUAAAAUAAAGUAACAUAAGAUGUAUUAUGUAUUGUACCAAAA